GACCGCUUAGCCCUCCCUCGCUUCCCCUCCAUUGUUUGUGGCUGUGGUGGUGAGGGGAUUGACAGGCACCGCAUGCACUGCCGGAGCUGCCCAUGAUUUGGAGUAAUACUGACACAGGGUAAAGGUGUGUUGUGUGUGUGUGUGUGAGAGCACCGCCACUCAGCACAAGAACAGGAUGUGAUGUCAUGCCAGUAGCAGCUCCCGGGUUCUGUCCAGCUUUGUGUUUUCACGAGUGGGGAGUCUCCCCUCCCCACUCCCCCUUUCCGAGAACGGGACAUGUUUGAAGUCAAACCCCGGGGAGUGGAGAAGAAAGAGUCGAGCACAGAGACAGAUGAGGGGCUGGGCAGCAGCGGGAGGAAUUAUGGCUCCGGAUCGCUGGGCUCCUGUUCCGCUGGCUCCGGCUCCGUUUACCUAUCGGACAGUCAGGACUGGGUGGUCUCCCCGAGCUGCUCUCCAGACGAAGGUCCCGGCCACAGCGCCAUCUCCCCCAUGCUGGCCGAGGAGACUUUCCGCUACAUGACAUAUCUUGCUUUGGAACCCCCUUCUUAUUCCCACCCAGGCUCUCAGAGCCUCUCCAAAGUCCUCAGCACUGACCGAGUGGAGCAGAUGACCAAGACGUACAAUGACAUUGAAGUGGUCACACACCUUUUGGCCGAGCGGGACAGAGAUUUGGAGUUGGCAGCUCGGAUCGGUCAGUCACUUCUACAGAGGAACCACCUGCUGCAGGAACGAAAUGAGGCCUUAGAGGAGCAGAUAGCACAGGCUCUGGAUCAGGUUCAUCAGCUGCAACAUGAGCUCAGUAAGAAGGAUGACUUGCUGCGGAUGGUCGCCAGUGCCUCGGAGGAGAGCGAGACCGAUUCCAGCGUGUCCACCCCCAUGCGGCAGCCUCAGCCGCUGGGGGGAACCACGGCCACUGCACUCAGCAAGCUGGAGUCCCUGCAGAGCAAGCUGCAGGAGCUGGAGGAAGAAAACCUGGCAUUGAGGUCUGAGGCUUGUCAACUCAAAAGAGACACCAUCUCCUAUGAGGAGAAGGAGCAGCAGCUAGUGAGCGACUGCGUCAAAGAGCUUCGCGAGUCCAACAGCCAGAUGGUGUCUCUGACCGAAGAGCUGUCUCAGAAGAACGAGGAGCUGCUCAGACAUCAGGAGGAAAUCGCUCAGCUCCUCUCCCAAAUAGUAGAGCUGCAACACAGAGUGAAGGAGUUGGCCCUGGAGAAAGAGGAGCUGAGGAUCCACCUGCAGGCCUCCAAAGAUGCUCAAAGACAGCUCACAGCAGAGCUGAACGAGCUGGCGGAGAGGAAUGCCGAGUGUGUAGAGAUGCUCCAUGAGUCACAGGAGGAGAUUAAAGAGCUGCGCUGUAAAAACAGCCCUUCAACUGGGAUGCGCCGGCACCUUUCCUACGGCCUCUAUCCCAUGGAGUCCUUGGCAGCAGAGAUUGAGGGAACUAUGAGGAAAGAGCUGAGUAUAGAGGAAGAGACCGCCUUUCAGGACCAAAGAAUUUCCCAGAAGCGAGUCUUCCAAACAGUCCGCUCCGUUAAUGCCUCGGUAUCACGGUCAGCUUCAGCAAACUCUCACAUCCCUGGCUCCGGACAGAGCUCUCUAGUGAUGACAGCGCAGCCGUUUCAGUCCACUCAGGGGGAGGAGGAGCGAAUGGGCCAGCCUGGUUGUCCAGGAGGAAACGACCUCAGCAGAGCGCUCCACCGCCUGUCGUUGCGGCGUCAGAACUUCCUGUCUGAGCGACAGUUCUUCCAGGCAGAGCGGGAGAAGAAGGUGCAGACUUUAACAGAAGCAGACGGGGAGGCCAGCGGCUGCAGCUCGCCAAUGGGCAGCGUGCUCUCUUUCUCCAACCUGUCAGAUAUCUCCAUCACCUCCACUGUUUUUAAGACCUUCCUGCCUGAGAAGCUUCAGAUCGUCAAACCCAUGGAAGGCUCACUGACACUCCACCACUGGCAGCAGCUGGCCAAACCCCAUCUGGGCACCAUCCUGGACCCACACCCUGGGGUAGUGACUAAAGGUUUUCGCCCACUGGCUCAGGACGCUGUGUACCACCUGUCUGACAUGGAGGAGGAUGAAGAGAACGAAGAGCACAGAGGAAAUGCGGUCCAGGAGAAAGGAGCGGCAGAGCAGAGUAAGGAGGAGGAGGAUGAGGAGGAGGAAGGCGGGAUCACUUUUAAUGUGCGCUGCUCAUCUACACCAGAGGAGAGAAAGGACAGAAAGCAUGCGGCGUCGCCUCUCCCUGUCCCGCCUCUCUCCCCUGGCACUCGAGCUGCUUCCUCCUCCAUCAGGUCAGACUUCUGUCCUACACCCCUUCGUGCCACAGAGAAACCAGGCCAGCCACCUCAGCCCAUUCCAGGAGCCUCUGAAGCAGCGGUCCAAUCACAAAGCCAAACCCUGACAUCAGCAGCAGUAUCUUCUUCUGUCCAAAACCCAGGGAAGUGUCAGAGCUCCACCUUUUCCACCUACACCUUCACUACCUGCCGUAUUCUGCACCCCUGUGACAUCACGCAGGUCACACCAAGUUCUCAGUCAUCCCACUUGGCAAACACGCCUAGCUCCAUGAGGACGGGUCCCAGCACCCCCGUGACUCCCUGCAGACUCAGUCUGGGUGACUCCUUCCCCCCUCGACGGCUGCUUGCACCCCCCAGUGGCCUGGCCAAGCUGGUCCUAGAGAGGGGCAUCUCUGCACAAGUCUCCACCAACAACCCUCCUCCAUCCCUGAGGCCUGCACCCCGGCAGCCCCUGUUCCAUCUCAUGCCAAGCACACCCCCUAACUCCCCCACCCAUUCUCCUGCCCCCUCCCCAGUGCCUACGGAGCCCCGCCAGCACACAGCUGACAAUUUCCUGGCCUCGCGGCCCGCAGAGCUUUUUCUCCAAGAUGUUUAUGGGUUGAACCUGGGCCGUGCUCCACAUCCAGACCUACCAAGCCCCUCCCAAGAAACCCCAGCCCUCAUCUCAGCCGCCAAAUCAGGCAGAGCCAGGCCUGACCCGGCCAGCGUUGGCCUGGUGGAGAAGCUGCGGCAGCUGGGAUUCACCAAGGUGCUGCACGGCUCUGAGUCUGACGCUUCAGUGCCACGCCAGGAUUCCGCCACAUUCGUGUCAGCAGGUGGAGGGAGCCUGUUAGAUGGCCUGAGGCGCAACCAGAGCCUCCCGGCUAUGAUUGGCGCCCGGGCUGGGAAGUCAGCCGGUCACCCAGCACCUCCUCCUCACCCCACAACCCUGGCUCUUCCCCCAUCUCCAUGGGGAAACCUUAAAGAACGACGGCGGCAUCUUGCCUCCAUCUCCCACCCCCCGUCGAGAUCAGCCAAACGCUGAACUCUGCAGAACACGAAUCCCCUCCUUUAUACCGCCAUCGUGUCUCUCUUCCUUUCUGCCUUUGGAGGGAGAAGUCAGGGCCUUGAUGGGCAGAACAGUCCGUCCUUUUUGGGACUUUAUUUUAAAGCACAAUUUAAUGAAACAGACUGUUUUUAGCCACCCUGCAUUGUCUGUAUAUGUGGAUGUCUGCCAUGCUGAUAGUUAAUAAGGCCUUAGCUUGCCUCUGAGUGGGUCAUCCUCUUCUCAGUCUUGUAUUAAAUAGAUUCAGUAGUUCUCCUGUGAGGCUCUAGAUGUUUAGGCACAGUGAGAGGAGGGCAAGAAAGGAAAAUGUAGGUGUACGAGGGUUUGUGGAAGUGGAUUUAGAGAAAGCAGGGAGAAAGUGGUGUCACUGUUAAGUUCAGAAGACGGGGUUUCCGCCAGAGAAGUUUACAUGCGGGUUUCAAGCAGCCCAGAGCAGGAAGGAGGUCAUUUAAUGUUGCGCUUGGCUUCUGUAAUCAUUUUCUCAUAAUUUUCAGAAAAUGGAUGUUGUUAGAAGUUUCUUUUGUGCUUUAACUUCUCGUGUAAAUCCUUAACAGACCGGUUAGCACACAUUAGCAGAAUGCUAGCAUUUUAUGGGCAAAAUCAGCUUCACUGUCAGAAAAACAUAACUGUGUUCGAUUUUCAGUUUGGACAUAUUAACGAUACUGUGUGCGAAAAUUGAAAUACAUAUGUACACAUUUUUUGUCUGUGAGCAGGUCCAAAUAAUUAUUUUAGCCAUUUAGCGCCAUUCAUUGAGGACUGUCUCAUGAGCACCCCCUGCUGCAGCCCCGGCUGAAUUGCAGGCAGUUUGUGUACUGUAGGAUUAAUAAGAAGUAGGCGUCGAGAGUGCUCCUGCUUUUAUAAGCUGUAAUCAUGCUUAGCAUCAUUAGCAUAUAAUAAAAAGCCUAGAGGUUCCGUUAUUAGCGGACGUAGGUGGAUGGAUACCAACUAGAAAGUAAGCAUAUUAAUACCUAACAGUAACAGCAGGCUAAUAACAUAUUAGCUAAAUUAACAGUUUGUAUCAAAAACAGAAAUAUCUGGUGCUUAGGGGGCUGUAAUAAACUGGCGGAAACCCUGAAAGAAAGAAAGAACGACGGGGAUGAGAGAGGGACUAAGAGGGGGGCUGAGCGUCUGGGGUCUUGCUGUUUCAAGGGCUUGUCAGUUACAGGACUGCGUCCUGCUAGCUCAUAACACAGCGAAAGCUUUCUGGCCUUCAGAGAAGAGUACAGGUGAUUUAACUCAACACUUGAGGACAAGCUUGGAGACUUUAAGCGUUAGCUGAUUUAGCAGUCAGACCAUGCCUCUAAACAUGUCAGUAUUAUGAAUAUUGUAACAGUUUUUACAGUGUUGCAUGGAUGUCUGGUGACCGUCCAUGUGCCGUGCCCAAGCGCCUGCAUGAACACCACCUUGCCUACUGGUCCCAGCAUGCACCUGUUGGCAGACAGGUGGGAUGAAGGUGAGGUCAGAACUAAAUGGGAUGCCAAGCAAAAAAACCACAAAAAAAAAACACAAUAGGGCCAAUAUUUUCCUUCAGGUCUUUGUGCUUUUUUCUUUUGUUUUUUAAUGGUAUGAGGCCUUAUGUGGAAGCCAGCACAGCUCUGAUUUGAGUUCUUUUUAAGCUGUUUGGAUAUGAGUUGCACUUAGUGGGAAGUAGAGGUUUGAGGAUCACUGCUUGGUUUGCUCAGAGAUGUUCAGGUUUGUCUGUAAAAAAGGGGGAAAAAACAGUGACUCAUUAUUUUAGCUGUUAGUCACAUCCAGGUUCUUAUGAGUGGUUGUUUGCUUUAAAAAAUGUCUUUAAAAUGUGUCUCCUUUAUCUCAUGGAUGUAUACAGUUUGCAUAUUGGCCAGCAGGUGGGGGUGUUCUUGUAGGAAAACAUCUGACAUUCUCUACACGUGGCACAUUAAAGCAUUAAAAAUGAGGAUACAUAGAGCUUUGUGCUUUAUCCCUGUGACCCUUCAGUACUGCUGUUCCUAGUCAGACCCCCCCCCCCCCCCCCCCCCCCCAUUAACUGCACUUUUACUUUUUGUAUUUAACCUUUAUUCUAUUGACAACAGUCUUUAGUAUAUAAAAAAAAAGGACUGAGACAUUUAGCAUAAUUGUGAAUGUUGUAACAAUGUCAGCUAACAUUUUGUCAAAGAUUUUAAUGCAAGUAGCGUUUUGUUCUUUUUACAUGAAGGGAAUCCGAGCUACCAGUUAUUUUUACUUUGAAUAUUCUAACUUAUACGUGUGUUUGUGAUGCAGUUAGCAGCUAAUUAACAGAAAUGCUUUAGCUGAAUGUUUAGUGUGAGUGUAGGACUGCAGAGGAAGGAGGGCACAUUCAGACUGUUCAGGAAUUUAGAUUACUUGCAUCCCUAUGAAGCAGGAGGUUCUCUGGCUAAAAUAGAAAAUGUCCUGUGAUUUCUUCAUGUCUCCCCUCUGAGAUCAUGGCUAUUAUUUAAUUCUUAUUUUUUUUUAAAUAAAUGAUUAAAAACAAAA